AUGUUUGAAAGCCAAAAGAUUCGCGCAUGCGCGAUCGAGUCAUUGGCAGUAUGGGGAUUUGUGCCAAUCCUCUGGAUGGCCCUUACUGUGAUAGGCCUGGUUGUCUUUGGCUGCUACAGGUGUUGUUGCAUGGUGAAUGCUAGCAAGAAGAAACCUAUCACCUGCCUCAGGUGGACCAUUAGUAUAUUUGCCAUAAUAACAUGUGGGGCUAUAGCCUUAGGUUUCUAUGGAAACGAGAGUGGCAACAAGGGAGUCCUUAAGUUCAUGGAGGCUACAGAAAAUACAGACAAUACAAUACAUACAAUACAAAAACAGUUAUCACAACUGCAAACUAAUUUAAAUAAGACAGUCGGAGGUGGAAUUGUAGGAUUAAACCAUUUGUUUGCAAAUGACACUAAACAUAUAACAGAGGAGAAAUUACGUAGAAAACUCAUUGGAUUUACUACAAAAGCUGAGGAUCAGGCUAAAACUGUAGCGAAUGAUGUAAAAAACAUACAAGAUCAAGUAAAUUAUGUAAAGUUAUCUGGUUUGGCUGAUCCAGUAGCAGAAGUUGAAUAUAUCAGAUGGGUGGCUAUCAUAGCAUUCCUGUGCUGGCAGAUACUUGUUUGUCUGUUGAUCCUAAUGGGUGUGGGACUUGGAUCCCGCUGUCUCCUUAUCACGUGUGGUGUGUUUAGUUGCAUCACCAUGGUGAUUGUGUUCAUAACUGGAGGAGCCUACUUGGGAACAGCAAUUGGUUUCAGUGACCUUUGUGUUGCCCCAGAAUUGUUCAUGCACAGACAUGCACACCCAAAACUGAAAGCUGGUACAGUUGACUAUUACUUACAUUGUCAGUCACCAAGUCCAUUUGGACAGGGCUUGAAAGAAGCUAUGGAUGGGGUGACGCAGACCAACAAAACCAUAACACGAUUACUCUCUGAGGCAUACACCGUCUUCUCAAAGCAGGAGAGUGGUGCAGAGAAGAAAUAUACAAGUCUUAAAGAUAUUGAAACAUCUCUCCUAAAUUUGGCAGAUGGGUACAAUAAUAUGUCUGACUUAGAGGGGCAGGUGUUUGUGGUACGCAAGGGCCUGGAGCGCUCAGUGCAGAAUCUACAACAACUUACAGCAAAGACGGACUGUAGUGGCAUUCACGGGGAUUAUGUUGAUGCACUAGAGGGGGCCUGCUACAUGGCACUGCCAGGUGUUGCAUUCCUUCUAUUGUCAGCACUUCUUGUUGGCCUCUUUCUGACUGCACUCAUCGUCAUGGUAACUGUUGCCUGGGGACGCAUCAGUAAAAGAAAGGGUUACUACGAGAUAGAUGAGAAUGACCCUUACAUGCCACGCGCUGACACAACAUCACCAACGUACUUCAGCGGCUCUAAUCGAUACAGUAGGAACGGCCCUAGCAGUCAGGGGGGUGAACACCUAGCGAUGGAACGGCGGAGUUCUCCUCCCCCCGCUUACGGGGAAUUCUACCAAGAACAUAAUAUGGACGGAGAGGGAGGAGAACGGAGAACGACCAACAGCUUCAGACGGAACCAGAACCAUGCCACUUACGUCCCCAACGCGUGAGGGAUUCCAACAUCGUAGAAGAUACUCUGACACUUCGAAGUUAAUAUGGGACAGCACAGUAUAAGCAUUUUCAGCCUAAGAUACCCCCUAUUGUACAUAUACGCAUAUAGCCUUUACUAUUUUAAAAAUUUGGAUCAAGAUAUUUUCAACACAGUCUACAUGUUCUUAUCCUGGAUUCAUCAGUAUUGUACAUAUACAGUGUAUAUCCUUCAAUGUAUGGAAAGUUGGAUGGUGAUAUAAGCAAACAGACUGAUUGAUAGCUGGAUGCACCGUCGGAUGACCAAGUUGCUGACCAAGUAAAAGUUGAAUAGCUAAACCAAACUUCCAUAUCGUGUGAGUUCCGGCUUAAAAGAUGAACAGUCCCUAUCUUAUGUAUUGGUUGAUAAUAGCAACUACCCCAUGUAUAAAAUGUGUUGUAUUUAUCCUGUAUAUAUUACAUGUAACAUGUAGUUACUUUCGGUGUAUUUUAAAUUCAUAAAAUAAUUAUGUACAUUAGCCUAACUAGAAUAUUUACUAUUGAGAGGACAAACAGUUAUUUAAUUUUAGAUACUUUUAGAAUUUUAGAAAUUUUAACAGAUUUUGCCUGUUAUUGUUAGAGAAGUGAAAUUAGGCAAGAUAUAAUAUAUAGACUACUGUAUAGUUUGAGUGACUACAAUAGGAUAUUCUUCAUACUAUUCAUUGUGCAUUGUUAUUUCAUGGGCCUACCUCAUCAUUAUUUAACACAUGGUAUUUUUUGAACACUUCAUCUAAAAGUGUCCCAAUAUGAGUAUUAUAUCCCAAACUUUUGCCUCAAGGCCUACUUUUUGGAUCCUCACAUAAUAUGGCAGUUUAAGUCAUUGAGUAAUGAAUUCAUAUAAUGUUGGAACAACCAAAUUAAUCAUGAUAUAUAAAUUGUCUAUGAUGUACUUUAAGUAUAAACAUUUUACUACAUUGUGAAAUAUAUUAUUGAAUUGUGUGCUUCGCUUAUGUGAAUCUAGUCUGACCUCAU